ACGUUCCCUUUUCCCUUUCACAGCAACCUCUUUCAACUUUUCUCUUCAACCUUAUUCUGUCCCUAUACCUCUUUUUCAACAGAAUGGCUUUGAGAAAAUCAACUAAACUCCCUCAAGCAGCACUCAUCAAGCAAAUCCUCAAGAGGUGUUCGAGCUUAGGGAGGAAAGACGAUGAAGCUCUGCGCUUGGACGUUCCCAAGGGUCACUUUGUUGUCUACGUCGGAGAAAACAGAAGCAGAUAUAUAAUCCCAAUCUCCUUCCUAAGUCGCCCUGAGUUCCAAACACUUCUACACCAGGCUGAAGAAGAGUUUGGCUUCGAUCACGAAAAGGGUCUCACCAUUCCAUGCCAACAAGACGUUUUCGAGUCUCUCACCUCCAUGCUCCGAUGAACAUCAUUUUUCCUUUUCUUCUUCCUUUAUCUGUAUAAAUGAGGUUUCUUUUUUAGAGAGGCUCAAACCUCACAUCACAGAGUUCGACCAUCAAACAAUGUUGUUAUUAUUAUGUCCUAGUUUAGAUUGUAAAUGUACUAGAAAGCACUCAUUUUUCCCACAGAGGUGAACCAUCCAGUAAUGUACCCUGUUGGAGAAUUAAUUAUUAUUAUCUACAUAUAUAUAAAUACAGAUAUAUCUCUCUUCUCUUC